UAGUAAUAUCCUGUACUUGGCAACCCAAAAAGGAUAUCAAGUUACCCUGCGAUGUCGUUCAAGUGGUUUUCCACCUCCUCACAUCAGCUGGCUUCACAAUGGGGAGAAACUUGUUCCAAAGUCCUCUAGGAUAGAGCUACAGCCAACAGGAGAUCUUGUCAUUCUUCAGUCACAGUCAGAAGACAGUGGUCAUUACGUAUGUGUAGCAAAAAACAGUGCUGGUCGGGAGCACAAGGAUUUUGACCUGGAAGUUAUGGUUCCACCCACAAUCGUCACUCAUCCUCAAGACAAGGAUGUUACCCUGGGAGAAAAAUUUGUUUUGGAGUGUGAGGCUGUUGGUGUUCCAACCCCUUCAGUGUUUUGGCUUCUUAACAAUACUAAGUUAUCAAAUCAACCUGUGUCCAGGGAUGGCCGAAGCGUUCUCACCAUACAUAAUGCAGGGAAAGAGAACGAAGGAAAUUACACAUGUGUAGCAACGAGUCGAGCUGGAGAGAGGAAAGCAAGGUCUGCUAUAAGAGUGAGAGUGGCCCCUGUGGUUUUUGGCAUCUCCCGGUCCUCAGGCCGUCAGGUUGGCUGACCCCAUCAUGUUAAACUGUGCCGUUGACGGUGAUCCCUUCCCACAAAUUAUCUGGACGAAAAAUGGCCAGCAUGUAGAAUUUAAUCAUCGUAUACAGCAGAUGACCAAUGGAUCGCUUGUCAUAUACAAGUCUGUAAGUGAAGACACUGGGCACUACAAUUGUGUGGUCUAUAUUUAAA